GCGGGAAGCAGAGGUUUAUUUGAGCACAGUGUUCAUUAAGCUUGAGGCUGUCACUGCAGCGGACAAGGAAAGGGGACCGCCUAUUCGGCUAUCUGAACAGAGAAUGGACAAGGACGGAUUGACCACCUGCACCUUUCUGUUUCUCGGGGAACCCAAGCAACUAAUGUGCGGGAACUGCUUGUAAAGAAAAAAAUAAAUUGUAUUUAAUUUGCACGGUUUAAGAAAUCCACCAUGUUUCCCAGAGAAAUUUGUGUGCUUCUCGCUGCCAUCUUAUUGUCAGGCUCCCAGGCGGCAGUCAUUGGAGAUCAGGUUCAAGAUGACUUCUGGGAUUACAUCAGUCAAUUGACCGACAAUGCCAAGGGCAGCAUUGACCAAAUGCAGCACUCGGAGAUCAGCCAACAACUCCAUUAUCUUUUAAAGGAUAACCUGCAGAAUGUUAAUGGCUACGCUGAGAAUCUUCACCAGAAACUGGCUCCUCUCACAGAUGAGCUUUAUUUGAAGAUGACAGCCGACACUGAGAAUCUUCAGCAGAGGAUCAGGCAGGAGCUGCAGGACCUGAGAACAAGCCUGUCUCCUUUUGCUGAUGUGGUUCACCAGCAGCUCAGCAGAAACCUUGAAGAAUUCAAUCAGAAGCUGACAACUUACACUGAGGAACUCCACCAGCAGCUGAAGAAUAAUGCUGAGGAACUCCACCAGCAGCUGAAGAAUAAUGCUGAGGAAUUCCGUCAAACUGUGAUUCCCUACACCAAAGUACUUCAGGACAAACUGAAAGAGAAUUCCGAGAAGCUGAAGGAUAUUCUAACUCCAUAUGCUGAACUACUGCAGCAGGAGAUCAAUGAGAAUGUGAAGAAUCUCAGGCAGAAGAUAAUUAUAAAUGCUGAGGAGUUCCGCAGCAAGCUUGAUGAGAAAAUCCAGGAGAACCACAAAAGCCUGGCUCCACUUGUCAAUGACGUCCAGACCAAGAUCAAUCAACAGAUUGGUAAAAUGGCUCAGAGGAUUGUGCCAUAUGCUGAGGAGCUACAAGCAAAGGUGAAUGAGAAUGUGGAAGUUCUGAAGCAAAGUUUGGCCCCUUACAUUGAGUAACUGAAUGUAAAACUCAACAAGAACAUGGGAAGCAUGAACCAAAAUUUGCCCCCAUAAUUGAAGAUCUUAACAGCAACCUUAACCAGAGAAUCAAAGAGUUCCACCAGAACAAGGCUCCCUAUUCUGAACAGCUGCAUCAGAAGAUUGGCCAGAGAGACUUGGCCCGUUUGCAGAUACUCACCGACAUCUUCACGUGCAACUUACUACUUUGUAGGAGAAAUUCUGUCAGAAUUUGGAGAACUGAUUGACAAAUUGAAAGUUAUUCAGUCACACAGUAUGUUGGGAGUAGGGAGCUUUGUUGGAGCAUAGCAAACUGUUUGAUUAUAAACUUCAAUGUGUCUAAAUCACUGAUUGUUAGUAAAUAUUCUGUUUUUUUUAAUGAUCUUAUCUCACUUGCCUAGCUGCUGAGUUUGGGCUUUGUCCUGUCGUAUUCUUGAGAGUUCUGACCAUGUUCUUCUUGCUCAUUGAAGUAAGAUGCACUAGAACACUGGACACAAGAACCGCCACCCAUACCCCCCACUCCCCACAACUUGGUGGACAUUCAAUGGCAUUACCAUCACUGAAUCCCCCAUUAUCAACAUCCUGGGGGUUACUAUUGACCAGACCCAACUGGA